AUGGACCUGUCACCAAACCUUGUCAAACCCGGUACAAUAAAUCAGAUCAGAGAGGAAACUGGGAAAGACCCACUGAACAAAGUGGUGCUUAGUAGCUGGCCCUGCCAAAAGAAUGAAGUACCAGAGGAAAUCAGAGCCUACUGGGACCUCAGAGAUGAGAUUUCAUUCCGUCAAGCAAAACAGGAAGAGUCCGAGACAACAGACCAGUUUGAGACCAGAUUGUUCCAGCUUAGCGAGAAUUGCGUCUUCGGAACAUCCAAGGAAGAACAAAUACGCGAUCAGUUCAUUGAUAAAUGUCGGUCCCAUGAUCUUCGCAAGAAACUACUCGCUGUCAGUGGUAAACUCACACUUCAGAAGGCUAGAGAUGUUGCUAGAUCCAUGGAAGCUGCCGAAAAUCAGGCACGGUCUAUUGAAAGCGAUUCACGUAGCGUAAAUGUAAAUUCCUUAGAGCGGGGACAUUUUGAUUCGCCUAAACGUGCAGGAGCACGUUGUUAUAAGUGUGGACUCGGAGGACAUCUGGCAAAGGAUCCGGAGUGCAAGGGAAGACUUUCUAAUGGAAGAGAUAUUCCCACCGUAGACAUUGAGGUAGGAGGUGUUCGACUGGAAGGAGUUCUAGUCGACUCUGGCUCCACUUGCAAUGCUAUUGACAGAGCGACAUUGGAGAGGCUUAAGGAGAAGAAAGAGAAAGCAAGGGAAAUACUUAGCAGGGAGACCUCAGAGGAACUGGCAAUACUGAAACUUGAAAUUAAUGCCAUGGAAGAAGAAAACCUGCUUAGGGAUUUUUCUGAGUGUUUUGAGGGAGCAGGAAAACUUAAGGGUUUUCAAGCAAAGCUCCAUGUUGACACCUCGAUUAAACCUGUUGCACAGAAGUUGAGACCCCCACCUUAUGGGCUAAGGGACAAAAUAGAACAGAAACUCAAGGAACUGGUGAACUGUGAUAUUAUCGAACCAGUUGAAGGCCCCACUCCAUGGGUAAGCCCGGUCGUGGUGGUUCCCAAACCCUCGGGGGACAUCAGACUCUGCGUAGACAUGAGAAAAGCCAAUGAGGCUAUCGUAAGGGAACGUCAUCCCAUUCCCACAGUUGAUGACAUACUCUAUCAAAUGAAUGGAAGCAAGGUGUUCAGCAAAUUAGACCUCAAAUGGGGAUUUCAUCACAUUGAAUUGGAACAACAGUCGAGAGUUAUUACCACAUUCAUUACUCACAAGGGGUUGUAUGGGUAUAAACGCUUGACGUUCGGAAUCAGUUCUGCCCCGGAGCUUUAUCACCACAACAUUCAACAAGUGCUGGCUGGAUGUGAGGGUGCCUACAAUAUCUACGAUGAUAUAAUUAUUCAUGGUCGUACGGUUGAAGAACAUGACAGCAGGUUGCAAAAGACCAUUGAGUGUAUUAGCGACAAAGGACUGACCCUCAAUCCGGACAAGUGUGUAUUUAGAAUGUUACCACUCACCUUCAUGGGAUAUCUGCUAUUAAGGAAAGGUAUCGGCCCAACAGAGUCACGUGUUGACGCAGUAGUCCGGGCUAAGGAACCCACAAACGCAGAAGAAGUGCGGAGUUUCCUCGGAUUAGUGAAUUUUAGCGCCCGGUUCAUUCCUAAUUUAGUAAGCAUGUCAGAGCGAUUCAGAGAAUUGACAAGGAAGGAUGUACCAUUCAAAUGGGGCACAGAACAAGGAGCGACAUUUGAGAUCCUGAAGAGAGUUGAAAGCAGACACUCACAAAAAGAAAGAGAGGCAUUGGAACUGGUGUGGGGAUGCGACAGGUUUCACAUGUACCUGUAUGGGAUGGAGUUCAUAUUGCUGACAGACCACAAGCCCCUAGAAACUAUAUACUCGACUAGUUACCGCAAUUUGGCUCGGAUAGAGCGUUGGGUACUUCGCCUUCAGCCAUACCGGAUUCGGGUAGAGUACGUACCAAGUAAACAGAACAUUGCUGACUCUCUUUCACGACGUGUUGGUAAGGAAGAGUUGAGUAGUCAUAAUGAUGCUGAGGAAUUUAUUCGCUCUGUGGCAGAAACAUCAGCACCAGUGGCAAUACCCAUCAAAGAAAUUGAGAGAGAAUCAGCAACCGACCCAGAAAUUUCACAACUACAAGAGUGCGUCUUAACAGGAGACUGGGACAAAGCCCCGCCACAGUAUAAACAGGUCAGAAAUGAACUCUCUUUCCUCGGAAAGUUAGUAUUAAGGGGAACGAGGUUGCUAAUUCCACGACGACUACGUGAAAGAGUACUAGACUUAGCACAUGAGGGUCAUCAGGGGCUGGUAAAAACCAAACAGAGACUUCGCACAAAGGUUUGGUGGGCUGGAAUUGAUAAACAAGUGGAAAACCGGUGUAACACCUGCCAUGGCUGCCAACUUGUUGGACUGCCUACACCACCAGAGCCCUUACGACAUACACAGUUUCCAAGUCAACCCUGGAUUGACCUAGCCGCAGACUUAGUGGCACCCCUACCGUCGGGGGAAUAUGUACUGGUCGUUGUUGAUUAUUACAGCCGAUAUUUCGAAUUGGACAUUCUGACGUCCGUGACAUCCACUAAAGUCAUUGAGAGUUUGGAUAAGAUUUUCUGUACCCAUGGGUUACCACAGUCGUUGAAAACUGACAACGGUUCACAGUUUGUGUCCGAUGAAUUUGAACGUUUCCUGGAAACAAAUGAUAUAGAGCACCGCACCUCGACCCCCCAUGGCCUCAGUACAGGCGUCACACCGGCCAAACUCAUGUUCAACAGGGAAAUCAGAUCAAAGAUUCCUGAACUGGGAAACUCCAGGUACUCUGACAGUGAGACGAGAGACAAGGAUGUAGAGAUAAAGCUGGAGAGAACCGACUUUGCUGAUGGGAAAAUGAGAGUUCGAGAGAGCGAACUAGAUCCUGGUGAUUUAGUACUCUUAAAACAAAAGAAAGAGAACAAACUCUUGACUACUUAUGGCCCACUUCCAUAUACCAUCAGCAAGAAGCACGGUAACGAGGUCAUCAUAUCGUAA